CCCACGAAAAGGUAUCGGCGAAAGAAAGGAAUCCAAUCCCUCCCCCCAUCUCUCUCCACAAUACAAAAGACUCGCUUUCUCUCUCUAGAGUCUACCCCAAUAAUCUACUUUCCUUGCCAUGUCGAAUUAUUGAACCUUCCAGAGUCUGUUUCAUACAGAACUCUUGUUUCGUUCCGUUUCAAGUUCUAUCAACACUACAAAGCCUCACUAAAAAUACCCUUUUCGUUUACCGUCUAAUUUUUAUAUAUUUGCUCCACGUAUUGUUACCUUUUCUCCUUUUGCAGGAGUUUCUGCUUCUUCAACUCUAUUCACAAGUUUGGGUUUUAGAUUAACAAUUCCAGCAACUGCAAUAUGUUGGGUCUGGAAAUCCCCAUUGGGUUGAUGGCCUUAACCGGAAAUGGCAGUCCGGGCAAGGAAUUGCAUUUGUUAUUGUCCGCCUUUGUCGGCAUAGCAAUGUGCACAGUUGUUUAUCAAUUAACGGGGUUAGUCAGCGGUUUGUUGUUCAAGGGAUAUACUAAACUCAACAAUGCCGAGAAAGUUGAAUGGAACAACCGGGGUUUUUCUACAUUCCACGCAUUCAUUGUGGCAGCUGCUUCUCUCUAUCUGUUACUAUUCUCGGGUCUCUUUGAUGAGGGUUCUCAUGAUGAGUUGAUAACUAAUAGGAAGUCUACUUUAUCAGACACAAUAUUGGGGAUUUCUAUCGGUUAUUUCCUCACAGACUUAACAAUGAUUAUUUGGAAUUUUCCAGCUUUAGGUGGUAUGGAGUAUGUGUUACACCAUGGACUAUCUAUGUUUUCAAUCUUUCUAUCCCUUAUAAGUGGUCAAGGACAGAUUUAUAUACUGAUGGUUCUCUUUUCUGAGAGCACAACUCCCUUUGUUAAUUUAAGAUGGUACUUGGAUGCUGCCGGUCAGAAGAAUUCUAAGCUUUAUAUCUGCAAUGGUGUUGCACUGUUCCUUGGGUGGUUUGUUGCAAGGAUUCUUUUGUUCAUCUUCUUUUUCUACCACAUGUUUAUCCAUUUUGAUCAGGUCAAGGAAGUGUUUCCCUUGGGCUUCUACAGCUUGCUUACGGUGCCCCCCGUGUUGUCAGUCAUGAAUUUGUUUUGGUUUUGGAAAAUAGCCAAGGGUAUGAUAAAAACACUCUCCAAAGCAAGACACAGUCAGUGAUCCAUCGUCAUCGAGCCUCUGACGCUUGCGUACAUAUAUACCAUUCUGUGUAUUACAAUAGGUAUUACUUCAUGCAGUGUAAUCUCAAAAUACUUGCAUAUUCUCUCUCGCUCUUCGGUUCUUCAUUGGAUUCGACAAGUUCAGCCUAUUAUUGUUGUGAAUUGAGUAGUGUUUAGUGAAAGAAAAUGCAUGUACAUUGAGGUUAAGAAGGCAUGAUUUUCAAGUUCUCUCAGAAAAUAUGGCAUAUUCUUUUGUGGUAC